AUGGUGGGGCGUGACGAUCAAAUGAAAUGGAUGCUGACAGAACUGACACGGUACGGUGGUUCAUCUGGUGAACUCAAAGUCAUCCCAAUAGUUGGGAUGGGGGGCGUAGGUAAAACAACUUUAGCAAAAGAAGUUUACAAUGAUGAAUCCAUUCGACUUCAUUUUGAUGUUCGUGCCUGGGCUACUGUAUCUCAAAAACACAAUAUAAAGGAAAUCUUGCCGAGCCUUUGGCGUUGUGAAAAGGGUGAAAACAUUUACGUGGACAGUGAGGCAGAGCUGGCAGACAAGCUACAAAAGAGUUUAAAGGGUAAGAGAUAUUUGAUUGUAUUGGAUGACAUGUGGGAUAGUGAAGCAUGGGAUGCCGUGAGAUUGUGCUUUCCGAGUGAAAACAAUGGGAGUCGAAUAUUGCUAACGACCCGUAACACUGAAGUAGCUCGCUGUGCUGGUACAAAGAAUCUCUCUUUGCAGAUGAGCUUCAUGGAUCAACAUGAGAGUUGGAAACUUUUUGAAAGUAUUGCAUUUUCCAAUGAAGUACUACCUUCCGAGUUCGAGACUAUUGGGAAGCAAAUUGUCAACAAAUGCCACGGGUUACCACUAAGUAUUUCCGUGGUUGCUGGGCUUCUCAAAUCUAGAAGGACAAUAGAAUAUUGGGAAAAUGUUGCUAAAGAUGUUAAUGAUCUAAAAGCUUGUCUAUUGUAUUUCGGAAUUUUUCCAGAAGACAAGGAGAUUUCAGCGAAGAGCUUGGCGAGAUUUUGGAUGGCUGAGGGGUUCCUAAAGUUGGAAAAUAAUUUGGAAGGAGAGGCUGAGAAGUGUUUGCACGAGCUUGUCGAUAGAUGUCUAGUCCUCGUCUGCAAGAAAAGUUCAGAUGGAACAAAAAUUAGAUCAUGUAAGGUUCAUGAUCUAAUACAUGACCUGUGCUUGAGAGAAAUUCAAAGGGGAAAUGUUUUUAUCAUGGACGACAUUGGGUUCAAAGUAUCACGUGCACAACACA